AUGUCCCUUGUGCAGCAUGUUUCCGCUGUCGAGGGACCCGAUCGAGUGGAUUUGGCCAGUCUCUAUGAUCCGCCGGAAAAUGCGAGUAUCCAACUCGGACGACGCUUGAGCCGUACUAUCAGCUACGACUUCCUUGUGCCGGCCGACAUAGUUGCAGCAGAGAAGCCAGAACCUGUGGGCGCUCACAAGGUCUCGACCUUUGUUCGAACAGCUCAGGUGGCGGCCGGGGUGCUGAUGUGUACUCUGGGAUCGGGAAUUGUCUUUGGCUUUGCAGCGCUAAAGCAGGUUCUGGUCGAUCAGGAGAUUUAUCACGAUUUGUGUACCGCUGAAGAGCAGGCUCGCGGCGAUCAAUUAUGCUACCUCCAGGAUCAGAAGCUCAACAUGAUUUUUAUCGUUGGAUCUGUCACAACGAACCUUUCAGCGUUACUCGUUGGCAGCAUGCUGGAUCGCUGGGGUCCAUAUCCUUGUGGUCUGAUCAGCUGCGCGUUGAUCUUCCUUGGUUCGACAUGCAUGGCUUUUGCAAACGUCUUGCCUCUCGAUGGCUACGUUAUCGGAUAUUUUCUUCUCUCUCUGGGUGGCACAUUCAUAUUCGUUCCCUCCUUCCACCUUUCCAACGCGUUCCCUCAGUUCCAGGGCUUGAUUCUGUCGCUCAUCACGGGAGCCUUUGAUGCAUCGGCAGCUGUAUUCCUGGUCUUUCGACUGAUGUACGACGGCAGCAACAAAUCCUUCGGUAUACAUGAAUUCUUUCUGGCAUAUCUGAUCGUUCCUGUGCUUAUGCUGGUUGCCAACCUGCUGCUCAUGCCACGAUCCUCAUACGAAACCCGAGCAGAGUUGGAAACCGAGCGGGAGCGUCAACAAGACAACACUCUCGAUGUGCAUGAUUCAGACGACGAACUGGAUACUACUGCUGAGAUCCUGCGCGUGCGAACAAAGCGAGCUGCUGAGAGGGCCAAAGAUACAGCCCAGAUCAACGACUUGAUUGGCACAGAGGCGCAGCAGGCCCAGCACGAGAUCAAGGAAGAUGAGAAGAAGAUUGCCAGUGGUAUCUGGGGAGUGCUCCACGGCUUACCAGCACAUAAACAGAUGGCGACGCCUUGGUUCAUCCUCAUUGCCAUGUUCACUGUAAUACAGAUGACACGAUUCAACUUCUUCAUUUCGACCAUCUGGACGCAAUACGAGUACCUGCUGGACAGCCCUGAAAGAGCCACAGAGGUUACGCGAUUCUUCGACCUUGUGCUUCCAAUAGGAGGUGUCGCAACAGUACCUUUCAUAGGCGCUCUUCUGGACAACACAUCGACUGUCACAGUGCUCGGUCUGCUAGUCUUGACCAGCACGUGUAUCGGAGCACUUGGUGCUGCUCCCAAUCGCACCGCUGCAUACUGGAACAUUGUGUUGUUUUGUGUUUACAGGCCACUAUACUACUCUGCCAUGUCAGACUACGCCGCCAAAGUCUUCGGCUUUGCGACAUUUGGGAAGGUAUACGGCACUUUGAUCUGCGUCAGUGGCCUUACAGUAUUCUCGCAACCCGCCCUGCAGGCUUUGGUGCACGAUGCCUUCUACGAGGACCCUGGCCCGAUCAACCUCUACUUAGCCGGCGCCAGUCUAAUUGUCGGACUGGCCCUAGUGAUGUACGUCGACGCGAAGGCGAAAGCGAUUAGGCAGUAUCAAUAUCAAGUCCUGAUAGCCAACGCUGGCCAGGUCGAUCCAGAUGAUGAAAGGCGAAGCCUCCUCAGCGUGAGCAUCUAUGACAACAUGAGCGCCCGCGUAGGCAGCCAGCGCAGACGGGUCGAUCUACGAAGCCCGCAUCUCCGGCCACAGGAUCUGGCAAGUCACAACAGUCUGGGGGCUAGCUUGUUCUAUAGCUACGGCAGCGUCGGUGCUCCAGCAUUAUCAGAUGCUGGUGGCGAUGAUGAGAGUACCCCAACAGCAACGCCAUAUGGCAGCUUGCGCCCGCGAAGGAGCCGUCAAGCACUCGGUGCGGGACUGAGGACAGUGACAGAGCGAGAGGAGCCCCCGGAUGAGGCUGACCGGAAGAUCCGAGAAUGGCAAGAAAGGACUUCACAGAGGCAGUCUGAGACCGAUGAGAGUUCAACAACGGCUUCAGACCACGCUGCAGACGACGACGAAGGCGGUGGCGGUCAUCUGAGUCAAGUCCUGAGCCUGGAUGAACGCGGACCAGUCAACCAAAGGUGA